CACACUCAGGCCUCAGACUGGGUGGAGCUGGGCACCAGAGCAUUGGUGGUAGCGCUGAGAGGUCCCCCACUGUCCCAUCAUGGUGUCUGCUCUCACCGUCCUCCUCCUCAGCUGCUGGCUGGCCAGGCGGAGCGGGGUGUCGGGACAGGGGUCCUACCCCAAACCCUCCAUCUCCGUCAGCCCCGGUGGGGUGAUCCCCGUGGGGGGAAACAUCACCAUCCGGUGUCAGCAUCAGCACCUGGGCAUGAGGUUCCUCCUCUACAAGGCUGGAGUUGGGAAGUAUCUGAAUUACACAGACCCUGCUGGUUAUAUGGCUGAAUUUCCCAUCACCAGCGCCAGACGGGAACACGGUGGCAGCUACACCUGUCGUUAUAGCAACAGAACAAUACAAACUGCCUACUCGGAGCCCAGCGACCCUGUGCAGAUCAUUGUAGCAGAGCCCAGCUACCCCAAACCCAGCAUCUCCCUGAGCCCCAGCGGGGGAGUCUCCCUGGGGGGAGCCGUGAGCGUCUGGUGUCGGGGGCAGCGCCGGGGCGUGCGGUUCGUGCUGAAUAAAGAGCGACGCCAUUUCCCACCUGUGGAUUCGGACGACAAUGAGGCUGUGUUUUCCAUCAGCAAUGUGCGCCGGGAGGACCGUGGGAGCUACAGCUGCUACUAUCACAGCAGAUCGGAGCCGUUCGCCGUGUCGUACCCCAGCGACCCCGUGGAGCUGGUGGUGAGAGAUCCCAGCUUACCCAGACCCUCCAUAUCUCUGAGCCCCACUGGGGUCACCGCCCCAGGGGCAGACGUCACCAUCCGGUGUCAGGGGCAGCGCCGGGACGUGAGGUUCUUCCUGCACAAGGCUGGAGACCAGAACCCACAGCAACACAUGGACCCUGCUGGGGACGGGGCCGAGUUCCGCAUCCCCACCGUGGGCCGGCAGCAUGGAGGGAGCUACAACUGCAGCUACCGGCCCCGAUCAGAGCCCUUCAUCUCCUCAGAGCCCAGUGAACCUGUGCAGCUGGUUGUAGCAGGCGGAUCGGAAUCGCCGGCACCGACCAGCGGCAUCAUCGCCGGGGUGAGCGCAGCAGCCGCCGUCCUCCUCCUCCUCCUCGUGGCCUUCGUCUGCUUCAGAAAAACCCGAGCCAGAAAAGGAGCCGCACCGAGACCGAGCAGCCCUUUGGGGGUGUUGAAGGCCCCGGCUCAGGAAGACCCCAUCUACGCCUCCAUGGACGAAGGGAAAGAGCCACAGACCCUGGAUCCCGAACCCGACACCUACGCCGAGCUGGACGGCCAGACGCUGCAGCCCAGUGUGUAUGGUGUGAUCAACGUGAACCAGGGAGUCCCGGAGUGAGAGCCCCCCGCAGCCAUGGGGCGCCAGACCCCAGGGGGCAACAGCCUCACGCCCCAACAGCGCCAGCCCCAGAGAACUCUGCAUCUAGGGAAGAUUUAGGGGGGACGCUGCCCUCCCCGCGCUGCAGCCCUGUCCCAUCAAGAUUCUGUCCCCCUGCCCCACGCAGACCCACAUGUGGGGGGAAGGGGGGGCUCAGCACCGGGAUGGGUAGGAGACGCAUCAAGGCAGCUUUGAUGUUAUUUUGCAUCCUGUUAACCUCCAGCUUUGUAAUAAACACAGAUCAUUAAACCAGCCCCCCCGGGCAGCCCCCAACCCCUGUCCCGGCGCCA